UUUCUCUUCUCUCUCUACCUUAUCUUUACCCAUUUUCAGCCAUAACUUACUAUUCUGCACUUUAUCCCACAACAUCAUUGUCAUUCACAUCCAAUAAAUUGCUAUCUAGUAUUUUCUCCUCGCUACUAAGCUAUCAUUAAUCUACAGAAAAAAAAAUGUCUACACGUCCUACGAUUACCUGUCAAAGUCAUUGGAUCAGUCCCAAGGACUCCCAUAACCUUAAACGUCGCCAUACCCGAGGCAACAGUUCAUAUUCGCGCUCUUCUCGAACUACCUUCUCAUCUUCAUUGUCGUCCAACAUCUCAUUGUCAGACAGCACAUAUAUCCAUAGAGACCAUCACCCUUACCAGGAUGAGGAGCUUUGCUGUACCGAUUCGCUUUGCACCAAGAAUAACAUUAGAUACGGUGGAUACAAUAAUAAUAUCAAUGAUCUCGAGAAGCCAAUGCAAUCUUCGGAUGUACCGAGUUGGUUUGGGUCUCUUAGGAGCUUUGCUAUCUCUGCUAGUGCCACUUCAAGGGGGGUAUUCACAUCUCUGAACGCCUCCUUACCAUCCCACUCAUCUAAAUCCAAUCCUUCAUCAUCACCAUGCCGAGGCAAGUCGUCCUCCAUCUAUUACGCAGGCCUUCUAGACGAUGACAGCGACAGUGGCUCUAGCAACAACUAUGAUGAACCUAUCACAAGCAAAAACGGACUGAAGGAGAAUCGUGUACGUGGGCCACGGAUGAACUGGGCCAAGCUCGAUCCUUCACUAGGGAGUAUUUUUUCACAGCCAUACAAGGCUAUUCCUGAACCCGAACUUUCAUCUCCUUCCUCUCCCUCAACUGCAUCUGCGUCUUCACUUCAGUCACCGACUUUUUCGGAUGUCGAGCAUCUAGCCGUCUCAGAAGCGUGUCGCCAUGACGAUGAUGCCAGCAUCUACCACGCCGAGAUUGACAGGGUUACGAGCAAUGGUGACGACGAAUGUCCUAAAUUCUCCAGUUAUCGCCACUAUGGCCGUAUGCUUAAAGAAGAUGCUGAUCUUGGAAAUGGGCCAACCUCAAACGCGUAUGCGAAUGCUUAUCUUGGCUCGAAAUCGACUCCUACAACCUCUGCUUUUUCAUAUAUCAAAUCCUAUGUUCCAUCAUUACCAGGUUUUAAUAAUGAAACAAAACGGACAGGAGCUAGGUCACCGACAACAGUAUCAUCGUCAUUAUCCUCCUCUUCUGGAACGGGACUUUGGUCCAUUCGAAAAUUAUCCAUGACUCUAUUGAGUAAUGACCUAUACGCGCCCAUCGAUCCCUCGUCCGACGAGGCUUUCAUACCAACCGACAAUAGGAAGAUGCAUGGCCAACAACCUUGAAGGAAUGGUUAUAAGGACCAUAAGACUGCUACAACUGCUAUAACACCUACUACUUGCUGUUACGACGAAUGCACUAUCGAUCUCUCCUAUAGCUAUUUCCUCCAAGGAUCCUUGAUAUGUCUACACCAAUACACUAGGCAAUCCUAAACAUCUUCCCAUGUCCUUCUGCAGCAGGGGCAUGCGGAAGAUUAUGUGGACUGAUUGAGAAGCUAUCACCAAUAUGUAUUGUUAUUUUGCAAUUGUAAUAAAAUAAAGCGUAG